AUGGCAGCUUGCUUCCAGCAACCGUCCCUCGAAGACGACUCGACGAUGCCCUUCUCCACAUCGGGCUCGGCGCUGGGGUCCUCCAGCAGUCCUUCUUCAUCUUCCCCCCACCACUCACCACCACCACCACCAUCUCACCCGUCCCAAACAAUCUACAAACUAUCAGUUAGAAACCUGUCCUACACCAUUCGCCGAAAGGGCUCCAUCCCGGCUUGGUUCUGCCCUUUUGUGCAGAAGACGAAGCCCAUCCACGUGCUCAAGUCGGUCUCUUUCGUUGCAAAAAGCUCCCAAGUCGUCGCCAUUGUAGGACCUAGUGGCACUGGGAAAUCCACUCUUCUAAGGGUCGUUGCUGGGCGCGUAAGAAAUGAAGAUUUCAACCCAAAGAGUAGUACUAGUACUAUCUCACUCAAUGAUCAUACAGUGAGUAGUCUGUCCCAAAUGAGGAAGGUAUGCGGUUUCGUGGCACAAGAGGAUAAUCUGCUUCCUCUGCUUACUGUAAAGGAAACACUGAUGUUUGGCGCCAAGUUCAGGCUUAAGGACAUGAGAACUUUGAAAGAGAAAGAAGAGAGGGUAGAGAGCUUGAUGCAAGAGCUUGGCCUAUUUCAUGUUGCUCAUAGUUUUGUCGGGGAUGAAGAAAAUAGAGGGAUAUCGGGGGGAGAACGGAAGAGAGUAUCAAUUGGCCUUGAGCUGAUUAACAACCCUCCGAUCUUACUCCUCGACGAGCCAACUUCGGGCCUUGACAGCUCGUCAGCACUUCUUGUCAUUGAACUGCUGUCUCUGAUGGCAAAAGCAAAGCAAAGAGCUGUGGUUAUAACAAUCCAUCAACCAAGCUAUAGGAUCCUACAAUAUAUUUCUAGCUUCUUAAUCCUCUCCCAUGGAUCAGUUGCACAUAACGGCAGUCUUGAAUCCCUCGAGGAAGCAAUAACUCGAUUGGGAUUCAAAGUUCCACUGCAGCUGAAUGCUUUGGAAUUUGCCAUGGAGAUUGUAAGUAAACUGGAAGAUUCAAAUAACAGAAGAUACAUGCCUGGUAUAGCAGAAAAAACACCAUCUUCGCUGGCGUUAUGGCCAGGAGAAGAAAUAGGACUCCAGCAAUCUAGCAGUGUUAAACAACAGAUGGAUUCAUACUUGUGGAGUUUUUUUGAGAUUAUGUUUCUGUGCUCAAGGUUUUGGAAGAUAAUUUUCAGAACAAAGCAAUUGCUCCUGGCAAGAACGAUGCAGGCUCUCGUCGGGGGUUUCGGAUUGGGAAGUGUUUAUGUAAAGGUGAGGAAGGAUGAAGAGGGAAUCGCGGAACGAUUGGGGCUGUUUGCUUUUAGUCUUAGUUUCCUCCUUUCUUCCACUGUCGAAGCAUUACCGAUAUACCUCCAAGAGCGGCGUGUGCUAAUGAAAGAAGUCUCAAGGGGAGCCUACCGAGUUUCCUCUUAUCUGAUUGCCAACACCAUGGUGUUUCUUCCCUUCCUGCUUGCUGUGGCUGUUCUUUUUGCCAUUCCUGUCUACUGGAUUGUAGGACUCAAUCCCUCCAUUGCUGCUUUCACAUUUUUCAUUUUUGUAGUUUGGCUUAUUGUCCUGAUGGCUAGCUCUCUGGUACUCUUCCUAAGCGCAGUUUCUCCCGAUUUCAUUUCGGGUAAUUCUCUCAUCUGCACAGUUCUUGGGGCCUUCUUCCUCUUCUCAGGCUACUUCAUUCCAAAAGACAGCAUUCCAAAAUAUUGGCUCUUCAUGUACUAUGUUUCCCUUUAUCGGUAUCCGCUUGAUUCGCUGCUCAUAAACGAAUACUGGAGUCUGCGAGAUGAGUGCUUCUCUUGGCAUGCUCAAGAUCAUUCAAAGUGUUUGCUAACUGGAAAAGAUGUCUUGAAGAGCAGAGGACUUGACAAGGACACCAGAUGGAUGAAUGUGGGCAUCAUGUUUGGCUUCUUCGUGUUUUAUCGUGUGCUAUGUUGGAUCAUUCUAGCUCGAAGGGCUUCAAAAACAACAAUAUAA